AUGGCUUCAGAUAGAGAAAAGUCUUAUGCUGAUCUUAAGAGGUGUGAAAUUGAGCAUCAAAUUAUGAGAUUUGGCCAAAAAGGAAAACUUAGUCCUAGAUUUAUUGGACCAUACGAAGUACUUGAGAGAGUUGGCCCAGUUGCAUAUAAACUAGCUCUUCCACAGGAGUUAGAUAAGAUCCACAAUGUCUUUCAUGUUUCUAUGCUUAGAAUAUAUCACUCAGAUCCAUCUCAUUUUCUUCCUAUUGAAUCCAUUGAGGUCACUCCUGACUUGACAUACGAAGAGGAACCUGUCCAAAUCUUGGCGCAUGACACAAAAGAGCUUAGAAACAAGGAAAUCCCAUUAGAAAAAUUCCUUUGGAGAAAUCAUUCUGGCAAAGACGUACUUGGGAGCGAGAAGAGGAUAUGCGAAUUCAAUAUCCCCAUUUGUUUCGAGACUAGCAUAAGGUAA